UCUUCGCUAGCGACGGCAAUCCGGCGUCGACAGCCGAGUGGGACAGUCGUACCUGCCAGUACUAGCAGUGUAAAAAAGUGUUUGUGAAAAAAUAAAGAUGAAUUUCUCAUUUGGAUUUAUUUUUCUGUGCGUUGGUGUGGCACUGGCCAGCGAGGAGACUUACCGGGCAGGCGUGGUGACCACACAUGGGGAUGUGAACAGCUACGUGCCUCUCAUACAUGAAGCUGGGAAACUGAAUGUGGAUAUUCUGGUGCUGCCAUCACCGCAAGCGCCUCUCUCAUCUAUGGAAAGAACGUGUGAAAUGGACAACUAUGAUGUGUUGGUUGAAACAAUAUCCAGCGCUGCGAAGCAAGCCGGCUUGUACGUGGUAGCCCACCUGAUUGAGAAGACCCGUUGCCAGAACAAGAAUGAACUGGUGCGGAGCAACCUCGUCUUCGACAGGGAAGGGAACGUCGUGUCUGUGUACAGAAAACCCCUGACCACCGUAGCUAACUGCACCAUAGCACCGACGAACAUCGGUACCUUCUCCACUGACUUCGGCGUCCAGUUUGGACUGCUGAUGGAGGAAGACCUUGUUCUGAGGAAGGCUGAGGAGUUGGACAACUUUGUUGUACUUGGUGCCUGGUCUUCGGAAGUACCGUUUUUGAGUGAGUCUCAGUUCGCGUCUUCCUGGGCCUUCAGUAACAACGUCAACUUGGUGUCAAGCUCCGGCAUCUUUGCUGGUAGCAGCGGCUCUGAAGCUAGGACCCACAGCAAUGUUCAAAUUUCUGACUUGGACAAACUUGGGAACAAAAACCAGCAAAUCGUCCCACCAGUAGUAAACUCUUUGGAGCUAAAGUCGUCCCCUGCUGAAGACCUGUCCCAGUACAUCAUCAGACCGCUAGAUGUCGCUGCCAGUGCUCAGGGUUAUAAGGAAACUGUCUGCCAUGAUGGCUUCUGCUGCGAAUUCUAUGUGAAGAUGGCAUUUGAUGGGCCCAAAGAAGAAGUGAACUACGGCUUGGCAGCGUUCAACGGGGUCCGCCAUUUUGACCACACUCACAACAUCGGCUCGCAGACUUGCGCUGUGUUCGCCUGCGCUGGCUUGUACAAACGAAGCUGUUCUCUUGGGUCUCAAAACAGUACAAACGUAAAGUUCCAGAAGAUCUCCAUCACCGCUAACUUUACCGAAACCAUACAGUAUCCCAUUAUAUUGACGACAGGCUCUAAAAUUGAGCCUAAAGCCUUCAAAAUGGCCGCCAACAGUAAACAGGUGACUUUAGAAGUUACAAAUGCAGACAACUUGCUAACUUUUGGCAUUUUCGGCAGAGAUUUCUCGAAAGACUCGAAGAAUUUCGUCCUAAACGAUUCAGGAUCGAUUUACGAUACGAUAAAUGAAGAAAUGACGGAGUUAUUCGAUUAUCUUUGGAUUAGAUUGAGGGUAGUUCUUAUUAUCGCCUCCAUUUAUGUAUUGGAGAUGUUGUAAGCUAUUUUUUUCUUAUAGUGCAUUUAUUGUGGAAUGACGCUUUUGUGAGUCUUCAUUCAAGAAUGGAUUUUAAUGUUACUGAAUUUGAAUUGAGUUUUGAGCGUCGUUUUAAAAUAUGAAAAUACGUGCCAGAUUCAGGGCCGUAUUAAAACACUGAAAACUUGUACCCGAUAUUUGUGCAUCGUCCUGUAACGCACAUAAGUGUGUUUUUAAAACUUGAUUGCUUUGAUCAGAGGCAUUACUGAUUAAUCAGUUUAAUCAAGAUAUCGAAAAUAAUUUAAUCGUUUAAAUUACUUUACUUGCUCAAGUAAAAAUUUGGUGUUCCACUUUGUCACAGACAUUUUGUCUAAUGUCUCUCUAUAGCUCUAGUUGUUAUUAUGUUUUAAUCUUGUGGUUUAUUCGUCCAAGGUUUUAAUACAUUAAUAUUUGUACCAGUUACAAAGUUAAUAUUAUGCUGUUUAAAAUUUGUAAAUUGAAUGUGGUGGUUAUAAAAACUAAAUAAAUCGGACCGUAAAAUUGCCAUCAUGAUUUACUGAAAAAUGCGUUCAAUUUUAGUUUCAUCUACUUAAAAUAACUUUUAA